AUGUUUUAUUUUAUUUUUCAAAACCCUAAAUUUUCAGAUUAUGAAGUUUUAUAUUUAUUAAUUUUUCAAGGGGCAUUUGAUUGGGAUGAAUAUUUAAAGGAAAGUGGUGAAAAAGCUGCUCCUCAUUCGUGCUUUAAACAGAGCAUCAUUCCACCUGUAAAUGAGUUUAAAGUUGGCAUGAAGCUCGAGGCAUCUGACCCAAGAAAUUUGACAUCAAUAUGCAUUGCUUCGGUGGUGAAGAUACAUGGGCCCCGACUCGGCUUGAGAUUGGACGGUAGUGAUGAUAGAAACGAUUUCUGGAGAUUAGUGGACUCUGGGGACAUUCAUCCGAUUGGGUACUGCGAGAAGAGGGGUGAUCUGUUACAGCCCCCAUUAGGUUUCAAUAAGAACCCUUCGUGUUGGAAGUUGUUCCUACAAAGAGUUCUUAAUCAGGCUACUCCAGUACCAGAAAGUUGUUUCAAAAAAGAACCGCCCACUCCUAAAUCAAAUGAGUUUAAAGUUGGGAUGAAAUUGGAAGCAGUGGAUAGGAAAAACCCGCACCUGAUGUGUCCGGCAACUGUCGGAGCGGUAAAUGGGGACAUGAUCCACGUGGUGUUUGAUGGCUGGAAGGGUGCAUUUGAUUAUUGGUGCCCGUAUGAUUCGAGAGAUAUCUUCCCUGUUGGAUGGUGCAGGAAAACCAAUCAUCCUCUGCAGCCUCCAGGAACAAAAGCCGUUGCAUCAUCAUCAUCAUCAUCAGCGGCCACAACAUCAACAACAACAACAACAAUGAAAUCAUGUGAUCACAACAGCAACAACAACAAUAGCAGCAGCAGCAACAACAACAACAACAUAGAAACAGCAACUACUACAGCCCAUGCAAAUAUCAUGGUGAAGAAGGAAGUUGAAGAUAAUUACACCAACCCAGCAGCACCAACGACAAUCAUAAUAUCAUCAACUGCCACAUCAUCAAAGAUGGCGAUGACGUCAACCACCACAAAGCAGACAAUGUCUUCUGCUGAAGAUAGGAUGCCUGUCUUAACUAGAGUUGUUGAGCCAGAUACCAUCACAGUGUACGUCAACCCUGGAUGCUACUGCGGGCCCACCCUGAUCCCGGCUCUGAUUAAAAGUGAAAUGCCAUCUCAAUUUGGGCCCAUCCCUAUUCGAAGGGGUCUCCAGCAGAUCCUACAAUGUCUGAUGGCCUGCUCGAGAGACCAACAAGUUAUUUUUAAUCUCCUGGAAAGUGGAAAUGGGCGGGUUGUUAUUCAAGGUCGGUCGUUUGACGAUUGUGAUUGGUUGAUUGGGUGGCUGGCAUCUAACAUAAAUGGAGAGGUGAGGCAGAAGCAGUUGAAGGUGAUUCGCAAGAGUGCAACCUGCCACAUGUUUCUCAACUACCUGCUGACUCGGCUGGGCUGCUGUUCUGGCUUGCUCACUCCCACACGACAACCCUCUGGAGACUGUAAAUUAUGUAAUAAUGGUAAUAAUAAUAAUAUGAAUAAUAAUAAUAAUAAUGUGAAUAAUAAUAUGAAUGAUAAUAAUUAUUACAUGGCCAAUUCAAACAAUACGAAUAUUAACGCGAACUGUAUGAACGGUAACAGUCCUACCACAGCAGAACUUCUCAGACCCACGCCAUCCGCUUCUUCAUCAUCAUCAUUAUCAUCAUCAGUUACACAAUCGUCAUCAUCAACAUCAGUAGCUACAUCAUCAUCAUCAUCAUCAUCAUUGUUUCCAUAUGAGCCGAGCACCUGGUCGAUCGAUGAUGUUAUCAGGCACAUCAGCAAAUCUGACACUGCCCUCCUUCCAUUCACUGAUCUCUUCAAGAAACACGAGAUAGACGGCAAGGCCCUGCUACUACUGACCAGUGACAUGAUGAUGAAGUACAUGGGCCUCAAGCUCGGCCCAGCCCUCAAGUUAUGCCACAUCAUCGAUAAGCUGAAAGCGUUCAAAUAAAUUUAACGAUUGAUCGUAAUUUGUAAUUAUAUUAACUAUGAGAUAAAUAUUUAUAAAUGUAAUUUUAUUGCUAUGUAUGAAUGGAUCCAUUGACUGACUAAUUGAUUAUUUAAUUGAUUGAUUGACUAAUUGAUUGAUUGGUUAUUUAAUUGGUUGCUUGGUUAUUCAAUUGAUUGAUUGAUUGGUUGAUUACUGAUAAAAUGUUUGUUCUUUGGACACAUCCGUCGGUUCUGUAAUUAAUUCUAGUAACAAUGUAAUGUAUAGAAGCGGACACAUACUUGUCAUUCAUUCAUUUGCUUUUCUUUAUUAAUUGCAAAGUUCCAUAUUGAUUUAAAGGGCAUAGAUAUGAUAUAUAGAUGUGUGUGUAUGUCUAUAUGUGUGCGUGUGUGUGUGUGUGAGAGAGAAAGAGAGGAGAAAGGUACUUUUGAAAAGUUAUAAUGUUUCAAGAGAAAAUCGAGCAAGUAUUGAAGUUGUUGUUUUAAUUCUCUUACUUCAUCUUCAUUCAAUUUUUUUUACCAAUUAUAAAGUUAUUUAUAUAUGGAGCUAGAUUCAAGAGUAAAUUCAUCUUACGUUCGCUUCUCUUUCUUUUUUUGUUUUCAAUUCACUUUAUUUCAUUUUUCUUUGUUCCAUUCAUCGUUCAGAAGUCA